CUAAAUUUGUACAUCAAACGAAUUCAGAACUUCGUAGUUUGUUCUUAUUCUGUAUUUGUGAAAUUUUAAGAUGACUGGUCGUGGAAAGGGAGGAAAAGGAUUGGGAAAGGGAGGAGCAAAGCGUCAUAGAAAAGUACUUCGUGAUAACAUCCAAGGUAUCACAAAACCAGCAAUUCGUCGAUUGGCUCGUCGUGGCGGUGUUAAACGUAUAUCUGGUUUAAUUUAUGAAGAAACUCGCGGUGUUUUGAAAGUUUUCUUAGAAAAUGUUAUCCGCGAUGCAGUUACUUACACCGAACACGCCAAACGGAAAACUGUAACGGCUAUGGAUGUCGUAUAUGCUCUGAAAAGGCAAGGACGUACUCUUUAUGGUUUUGGAGGUUAAAAUGGAGGAUCAUUGUUUUCAUCAACGAUCAGCAAAAACGGCCCUUCUCAGGGCCACAAUUUUCUUUCAACUUAAGAACACUCGUUUGUUGAGUUCAAUUUAAAAUAUUUUAUCUAUAUUAUAUUCCAAAAGUAUUUGGUGUUUUUUGUAAGAUAUAACAGUGGAACAUAAAUUUGAAUUAACGAUCAAAUACUAAUAUAAUAUCUAUAAUAUAUUAUUGAAACUAUAUCUUAAAACAUAUCUUGAAAUAGUAAAAAAAUUAACAUCGUUUAAUCAUUAACAUUUUUGUUAUGAAUUUUUUCACAUUAUAAUAAUAAUAAUAAAUAUAUAUAUAUAAUACAAUAUUAUAAAUACAAUAAAUAUAAAUUUUUUUAUAGUAAAAAUAAACAUAAAAUUAUGUUUUAUAUGUUUUUGCUCUAAAAAAAAGUGUAAAAAAUACAAUUUAAUAGAAACAAUAUUAUAUAUUUCUUAUACAAUAUAAUAUUAAUGAAAUAUAAUUUUAAUCAAAUUAUAUAAUGUA